AUGAUGCACGUGCGGCCCCGCAGCCCCAGCGUCGACCCCGAGCCCUGCUGGCCACCUCAGCCACAAGGACCCAGCCCGGCCAAGCGCCGCCGCCUCCACGAGCCCGCCCGCCACGAGCCCCUGGCGCCGCCAGACAUGGAAGCGCCCGCCGGACCCGCCAGCGACGCGCUCACCUCCGUGGUGUUCCUGGCCGCCGGCUGCGCCAUGCAACUGCAGCUGGAAGACGUCGACCUGCUGCUGGAGCCCGAGCCCACCUCGGUCCUGCAAGUGUCGCUCCCUGGACACACCUUAAUCCUCGUCCCCGAGGGCCUCCACGCCUCCGUCCAUCUUGGACAGCCUGGGUUCUUGUCCGCCAGCCCGCAGGGGGCCACUCUCCUCGACGUGUUCCAGGACCAGCAGGGAUCCUUCGGUGCGUCUGUAUCAGACAUCUUUGGUUUGGAAGACGCCUAUGACCAGGAAGAAGAUCCUGAACCAGGCUUCCUGUCACCCUCGAUGGAUGCUUCAGCUAGUCAGGCCGCUGGGCUUCAUCUCUCCUCCACAAGAGUGUACAGUCCUUGGCCUCAGGACGCAGUAGCAGAGCCAUGGCCUCUGGUGCUUUCCACUAGGGCCAAGAGAUAUUCUCCGAGGUCCGUCUGGGACCUGGGCAGCUACCUGCUGAGACCCUUCCCCAGCUCACCACUUCAGCCUCUGCCUCCAUCUCCUCCUCCAAGUCCUCAAGAGCAGCACCUUCCAUGCCCUCCACGGCCCCUGUGCAAGGCCCGGAGGCGACUGUUCUGUGAAUGAACUACCCCCCAACCCCCACACAAAUCCUUGAAGCCCUGCAAGUGAAAGGCUUCCCAAAGCCAUUGUGAGUGCCUUUGCAAAGUCUACAAGGUUACAAGGACACUCUUGUUUUUGAAAUGGGCAGAAUGCAGAAUAUUGGACUGGUCUGGAGGAAAGAUCAUCGCCACCAGAACACAUGCUGUUUGAAAAAUCACCUACUUUUGGUCCUUUAAUUGACUGCUUAUGCUCUUUUCUAUACAGAAGUCAUCCUCAGGAAAUUGCGUACCCCAAGUGAUGCCUCAAACUUCAACUCCAACACGUUUCCUUAAAACUCCACCCUACCAUGCACCCCUUCUGGGAUUAAUUAGCUAUUAGCUAUUAAUAAUAUGAUGGGGGUGGUAGAGUUUGGCCCUAAUCUCUCCUACUUUGUGCCUAUCCGUUUACCAUGCAGCUUUUCCUCAUUAGGGCUCGAACUGCCUGGAGGUGACUCUACUAGAUAGUUUGACUACACAGAUGUUGUUUUUUAUAAAGUGUUGUCUUUUUUCUUUUAACACUUAAGUGAGGA